GGUCCGAGCUUCGUCCGAAACGAAGCGCCUCCGUGCCGUUCUCCUUUUUCUUCUCUUAUCUCCGAACGUGCCGUCGGGGACGACGCUUCGUCGAACGAUUCGUUCGUCGUUCGAUCGGUUCUCCACGUCUUUCGGUUUCGCCUCGCUCGCCUCUUCUCAACCCGCUUUCUUUCUCCAUCUUUCCUCUGUCUGCGCUCUAUCUGUCCCUCUUUUGCGCUCUGUCUGUCACCGUUCUCGCACGCAUCGUCCUUCUCCAUCUCUCGUACCUCCAGUUCUUCGGUUUCUUCCUCUUCUUGGCUGCUCUUCGUCCUUCUUCUUGUCUUUUCGGCUCGAGCUACGUGUGACGGUGAGCGUGGUGCACUCACGCUGCGGAUGGUGGUGGUGCCUGGUGCUUGGUGUUGGUGCUGGUGGUGGUGCUGGUUGUUUCAGUGUCGUCGAUGGUGUACGGUGGUCGAUGGUGAUCGGUGAAUCCGCCUCGAGCGACCAGGGAGUCUCACCCUUCGAGCCCUUUCGCUUUCGCUCGAUCAAGGGGGGGAGGCUGCUCGAGUUAUGGCGUCCUACAGGAGCUAUGGUGACAGUGGCGCCUACCGAUCCAGAGCUAAUGUUGGCAUCGCCGCCAGUGCUUUUGGAAGAACGGGCAGCGGUCUUCCGAGUUGCAGGAACAGCUACUCGUCGUCCAUUGGUUCCGGUUCCAGCCGAGUGCACGGCAAGGAGAGAGUUUCCGGGUUUGGAAACGCUUUCCUGAAGAAAGACAAGGAGGAGAAACCUACCUUCAAGUAUUCCAGUAACAGGGACACGGACAAAGGCAGGCUGCAUCCGAGUAGGUCGUCGACAGAGGACGCAGGGGCGAAAAGUCCAUUAUCGAGCAGCAGAUCCUCUCUGUUCGAGAAGUACUCGUUUCCAGCUACUAAAACUUCGGAGAGGCCCGCCUCCGUUUUGGACAGAUAUAACCGUGCCACUUCCCGCGAGAAGAGCAGAGAGCCCGACGGUGUAUCGCGAUACGGAUCCAACACGUAUCCCGGAUCGAGUUUGGCCCGAACUUAUGGAAACGAAAGUAGAAUCGAGAAGAAAGAGAGGGCCGAUCAUCCGCCGGUCUCCUACCGUGGAUUACGGCCCAACUCCGGCAGAAGUUCCCGCGAACCUAGCCCGGAAGUCAACGUCGGAAAAUCGAAUUCCUUCAGAAUGUAUUCCAGAGCCCCCUCUUACGGUCGAUCCAGUGCCACUUCUAGUGCCUCGGAAUCGAGCUCGGCGCCAAUCUCCUCGAGAUUCGGCUCGACAGCUGGCAGCAGGUUUCUUUCGUCAAGAGGCAGCAGCGAUCGAGUUCCGGCAGCCAUAAGCUACUCCGGAUCGGACAGGUUCCGAACUUCAGGCAGUAAGCCUACGCCGGCAAAUUUAAAGGACGAUGAAACCGCUAAGUCUAACCUGGAGAAGAAAACCGCUCCAGAAACGUAUUCCGCUGCCGUAAAGUCCGAGGAAUUGAAAGCCGACAACAGACUUCAGAACAAUGAGACAGUUACGAUGGUGACAAGAGGUACGUCGCCCGGUCCGCCGGCUUCCUCGUCCUUUGUGAGGAGCAGAAGGGCCGACAUUGGCAUUGCAAAUCAAAGGGAAGUGACGCGAGUUCGAAAGAAAACGGAGACCAAAGACCAGGAAGUUCAAAGCGAGAGACCCGACGAUAAUUCGAGAUUCUCGCGAUACGGUGGCGGCGGACGAAUCCCUGGGUCUCCGUGGUCCGCGUAUUUGGACAAAUUUUCCUCGAAUUCCAGCGGAAGCGGCGUGUACGGCAGAGGCUUUAACGGCGGCGCGGCCAACCCCAGAGUAAAUAGUUUCGCGUUCUCGAGGUCGAACGACGCCUCGAGAAACGACUCGACUUCGAAAGUAUCACCGAGUUCCAGUCAAGAGAUUCACGGGACUAAAAUCCCGAACGAGCAGAGUACCAAAGUGUUCGGUAGUUUGGGUUUCGCGGUGGGGAAAACCGACUCGAAAGCGUCUACGAGUAAUGAACCGGGGAAUUCGAAAAAGGAUCAAACGGAGGUUAAAGCGCAGAACGGCGAGAUUCGUUCGUGCACCGCUGGCAGAACUGAAGGCAAAACCAGUCGUUUAGCGAGUCCUUUGGCCUUGAAGAGAGACGACUUUCUGCCGCAGCAAGCUGGUGUUGGUGCCAAGUCGUUAGACUCUCGCGAAAGCGCUCCGAAGAGCGAGGAACAACACAAUAGCAGAGAAAGUUCGAUAUCGAGGAGCGAGGAUAGCGGUCAGAAGAGACCGUCAAUACCGAGAUUAGGUCGUGUCGCGAUGAAGAACGAGACCAAGAUUACCAAGUCAUCAUCGAGUUCGUCGACUAAGUCUGAUGGAUCGAGAGAGAGGAGAAGCUCGACGCCAAAGUCCGAUACCAGCUCGUUGUCGAAGCUUGUUGAAUCUUCUAGGAUAGUUGAGGGACACUGUCAGGAACAGAACAAAGAAGUCUCUACGUCUAAAAACGAUGGUGUCUCCUCUGCGAAAGAUUCCUUUCAAAGCAACUCGUCGCAUAGCCGAUCGACGACACCGCAGUCGCGAAGCGGCUCAGCGAAAAACCUCAGCCGACAAGCGAUGCGAACCGAUUCGUCGAACGGGUCCGCUGUAAAUGUGCCAAUUGGCAGAUCGAAAUCGUCGUCGGCCAGUUCGGUGACGAGUCAGGGUGCAAAAAUAAAGACGACGCCGCCGCCAUCGCCGGGCAGAUCCUCCGCGUCGUGCUCGAGCGUCUCGUCAGUGAAUCUGAGGCAGGGCGGAUCACCGGAUGCUCGUGGGAAACCACCUGUGCCGAAGAGCGACGCCGCGUUGGCGAACGCGUCCAAGAGCGUUGUGCCAGUGAAGUACGUGAACAAGGAUUUCCGUAAGUCGACGUUGAACAUGGAGAACGGCGACCCGUCACAGUCCAAGUACAGCAGGAAGAAGAAAAGUCAACGGAGCGUGUCCGCCAGUUCUCAGGAUUCGCAAUCCGAACCGAACUCCGAAUCGAAUAUCCAUCGUUCGGCUAUUCCGUCGGAAUCUAGCUCGAGUUCCGUGAAGUCGAACAGAUCACGAUUGAGGAUACCGUCGUCGUCCAGCACGUCUUCGAAGAGCAUCGGUAGGAAAAGCGAGACGAGCUGUACGUCGAGGCUAGUCAAAUCAAGGAGAAGCUCGGAAUCGCCUUUCGAAAAGAAAAGCAGACGCGACGAAACGUCGAGUUCCAGCGGGGAGAGCGAGUCGAACUCUACGAACUCUUCGAGCAGCGGGGAGGAGGAGGAGGAGGAGGAGGAGGAGGAGGAGGAGGAAGAGGAGGAGGACGAUAACAAACAGACGAGACCCGGAUCGAGGCGUCAUAAGAGGAGAACGUCAAAGUCGCCUUUCUGCGAGAAGAAAGGGAAGAUGAGCGCCGGAUCGUCGAGAACGAGCGUGCUGGCGUCGUCCACCGACGAGAUGUCUUUGACGAUGGAGAAACCGCCGAGACCACCGUCCAGUCCGAGAUCGAAGAACGAUCGGGAGCGUUCGGGGAAAACGGAGGAGGCUAAAUCGUUUUUGAUGAGGGCCCUCGCGCCGGUGACGAAUCUCUUCAAGAAUAAGCAUCAAGAUUCCAGCGAGUCGGGUAAAUCAGGUGGUUGGCUGGAUUCCAACGAGGAGAGCAUCGACGCGAGGAAGCCGGAACAGAACGGCGGCGGGACGACGACGUCUUUAUCGAGGAGUCUAUCGAAGAGCUUCAGUUUCACGAACUCGGAGAAGAACGACGACAGGAGACAGUCAGGCGUGAGAGUCAGGAGGAAUUUUUCCGGGGAACAGCCAUGGUGGAUGGAUCCGAACACCGACAAUGUUCCCGAAGGUGUCGAAACGAGUAGCCUGUGCAACGACGAGAUCAGUCAAGAAACGACCGUCAGUAGUACCUUACCUGACGAUGGCAAAUUUAAAUACAAAGUGUGGAGACAAGAAUCGGAGGAACGAGCCUGGUGGUUGGACUCGAACGACAGCGGGGCCUCGGAGGACGCGAGGAAACAGUCGGCAACGAUCUCGAGACAAGAAUCGGGGGAGAAGGCUUGGUGGCUAGAUUCCAACGAUAGCGCUCUGUCCGAAGAAACGAAGAGACAAUCUUCCUCGACUGUUUCGAGGCACGACUCCGGCGACAGGGCUCGCUGGUUAGACGGAAACGACAGUGUAAUUUCCGAGGAAGCGAAAAAACCGCCGCGAUCGGCCGUAUGGAGGGAGGAAUCGGGGGAGAGGGCAUGGUGGUUGGAUGGAAACGAUAAUGCUCCGUCGGACGAAUCGAAGAGACAAUCGUCCAUGGCUGCGUCCCCUGUUUCGAAACGAGAAUCCAGCCGUUCGAGCACCCGUUCCAACGAACGAAGAAAUCGACUCAGGCAUCAGCAGUCUGGCGAACAGCCAUGGUGGAUGAACGACAAUCCUGAAAACGUACCGGAAGGAGUCGAGGUCUUUCCUGUCGCUGCAACUCCCACGCAGAACAGCAACAGUUACAACGACGAGGUGGACGACAGUCAAUCGUACAGCAGAUGUACGAGCAAUGUCAGGCACAUCGAGUCUGGUGAGAAGCCGUGGUGGAUGGACAGCUCGUCGAACGUUCCUGAUGGUGUCGUUAAGAUUCCCGUGGAAACAUCGAACAGCACCAGCGACUCGUCCGAAUCGUUCGAGAGGAUCGAUAUCGGCGUUAACCCUGAACCUGAGAUAUACGCGAAGAGAAGCCUUUCUAGAUUCCCUAUCGAGUUUCCGCCACCUCCGCCCGACGAGCCGCUUGGGGAUCGCGCCAGUCCCGAAGGGGUGGAAAAUCCUCCAGAUCCGCCUGAUAAUUAUGGCGGACGCGACUCGCCUUACGAUAAUGUACAACCAACACCCCGAAGAUCGUCACCAAGGAAACGUCCCUCCACAUUACCGUUGUUCAUCGGCGAACAUACCAACAUCGACGACCUGCUGGGCGACACGACAACCUUGUGUCCAACUCCUGUCUUGUCUCGCAUCCGUAAACGCGAACGCAUCGGCGAGGUUAGAUCUGUCAUCGUUUAUGUAGAUUCAGCAGAGGACAGUUCGGAAUGUGAAGAGAUCGAUGCCACCCAAGUGAUCAUCCACGAUAGCACUCCGCAGACACCAGUGAUACAACGACGACAUCGGGACAACGACAGACUCCAACCCGACGGCUAUAUUCCGGGUGUCCUUUGUACAUGGAACGGAAUAGGGAGGGGGUUGACCGCAUGGCGGCGCCACUGUCGCCUCAGUGGCGACAGGUGUCCGCGGCGUUCAGUGUCGCGGCGGCCGCUCGCGAGGUAACUCAUGUUGUUCAUUGUGUAUUCUUUCGUUCUCUUCUCUUCUGUCUCUUUCUCUUGUUGUCCAGUUUCACGGUUCCGCGUUGCUCUCCGUCGGCGUGUCGUCGAUUAAUGUGUGCACUUUGAAGAGUGUCGUACGCGGUCGCGCGGGCCAAAGUGACGCGCGUUUCCGUGCGCGGGAAGCGCGCGUGUCGUUCGCGCUCACUCGAGCUGACUCGAGUUUUUGUCGCGCAGACUCCGGGCUUCGACAGUUCAUAUAUAUCUAUAUAUCGUUCUUCUCCCGGUUGCUGCAUCAAACGCUGGCUCCAAAAAUCGAACAUCAAGACUACGAUCGAUGUGAUCAGGAACGAUGCUUUUCGAUGAUUGACCGGUCGGUGUCACAGAUACACAUUCCGAACCGAUCGAUCGAUGGAAGAACGCGAAAAGCUACGGAGACAGAAUAGCGGCGCUUUUUCCCCCUGUCACGAAUCUCCGUCGUCGUUCGGACGAAAAUAAAUCGGCAGCUUUCCACUCGCGCUCUUCUUCUCUCUCUCUCUCUCUCUCUUCGCCUUUCUCAUAAAACAAAUUCACGAACGAACGACGAGAAGCGACGACGAGAGAAGGUCGGUAAUAGAGAAAGAGAAUAUCGGUUCGCCGCGAUCAAGGUAUUCACGUGAGCCUCCGGCUGUUUCGUCGUCGGAGCCGGUAGACGCGAAUGGAACGUGAGGAGGAAGAAAGAGACACGGAGAAAAAGGAACAGCGGGCCGACGCGGAUGGUGGAGACAGCGUCGCACGAGAGAGAAGGAACGAGAGCAAGGUUCGUUUUCUCGGUUGGUUGUAGCCGGCGACUCGAAUGAAAAUAAAUCGGCGGUACGACGAACUGGUUCGUUCGUUCGCGUAAAGCGGUCGUGCGGUCCGGCAAAAGAGAGAAAAGACAGAAGGAGAAAGGAGGAAGAGACGUUUUAUAUACACAUAUAUACACGUACGUGUGUGUGUGUGUGUGUGUGGUACGCGAGCGCGAGUGAGAAGAGAGUAGAAGGACUGUGCGCGCGACGCGAAACAAGCCUGUGUGUUGCCUUCUUUGGAUCCUGGGGGAAAAAAAGGCCCCUAUCGGACAACAAUCGGCCGUUGCGGCCGAGAUACAGAGAGGCCGCGAGAUGUCUCUUACGUGUCGAGUCCAGUAUCUGAAUGACGUGGAUCCGUUCGCCUAUGCAAGCUCCUAUCCGGAGCCACCUAGGCCGCCUGUGCACACCUUCAGCGCGACCUUGCCACUAAUUAACCAGCUCGCAGCGGUGCAUCGACUUCUACGGGCGCCUCACAGGGUGAGUUCAUCUUUCUCGCUUAGGGAACGACAAGCGUUCCUCUUAAUUCAUCGUUUAUCGAGAGGAUCGCGAGCGAGGGCGAGUUAAUGCUCCGUCAGCAGCCCACGGCGCCGCCUUGCGCGCCCUAUCUAUCGCCAAAGUAUAAAUCGUAGGAUUUUCCGCGCGCAGCUAACCAUGUGCUUGAUUGCUU